CACUAGGUGUCAGAUUGAAAAGCGUUUUUAUAAACCGAAGCGAAAUAAAGUUAAAUUUAUUAAAUCAAUUCCGAGACCAGAAAGCGACGUGCCGAAAGAAUUUAAAAUGCGAUCGGCGGAAGGUGAAGUGCUUUUAUACUCUACCGAGCGACCGAAUAUAUUCCGUGGACUGUCUGUGGUCCUCGUCAGCACUGGGUUCUUCUGCUCGUACCUGACCUACCUAUCAUUGGAUCUGAGAGAGAAUGAUAACACAAACGUCAUGUGGUACCUCUACGACUGGCGGCACAAACUGUUCGGGGGCGAGACCAAAUACGACGACAUUGAGGACCAGAUGCCGAUGACUAAUCCACUGCAUGUGGAGAUGGAAGCUGCAAAUAUUGAGGCGGCGCAAAGUGAAACGAACCCCAAGCAGAUGGAAUCAGACACCAAAGAGCCUAGUACAGUCAAUGAUAAUGCUGAUGCAGAAGAAGAGCCGAAUGCAGUGGACACACUUAGCACGCAGGAUUUGCAAGAGUUAGUGGCAUUAGACCAGGCCAUGAGGAAUGAAUCGGGAGAGUUAAUACCCUAUUGGCAACGUGCGAUGAUUGCGUCCUUCUUUGUGGGUGUGCAGGUCAUCGUCACAGGACUGGCAGUCGUGAUUCCAAAGCGCACAGUGGCGUCGCUGACCUUAGCGAAGGGCGGAGCGGAAGUGAUGGUGGAGAGAUUCUCAGUUUUAGGUGGUAAUACGGUGAUCACGGCGCCUGUAAGUAAAGUCCAGGCACUCAGAGCCAGAACGGAGCGACAGGGCGCUGGCCAGUACAUGCCCGUUCGCAUAGAAACCAGCUAUAUCAACUACCUGGUAGAUAUGGGUGGCAACGUGUACAAUAGGGGGCUCUUCAAUCAACUGCUCAAGAUGUAGACGCGACAUGGAGAAUUAGACUCGGGCUACAUUAAAAUAGAAGCAAGAAUUCUUCUCAUCGUCAGCCGCAGUAAUUGUUAGUAAAUUAGUUGGGAGUUGUUACUAGUAUUAGUGACGAGUAUAGAUCCGCAUGCAGAACAAAUGGAUAAUGAUUUCAUUUGAGAAAGCAUGUUGUUAUUGUUCAACUGCGUGUGAAAAUUAGAGCAAUAGAUUGAACGUUAUUUCGUCGAAAAAUCCUGAGACGUCGAUCCUUAUAUUAAAUAAACCAUGUUUGCAUAAAUGCACUAUG